AAAUACAAUUUAUCAUUAAGUCAAAUGCUGACUGAUGUUUUUCAUAUAUACUAACUGUUAGAUCAUUAUUUAAACACUAAAGUGACGACGGAUUUUCCUUUAUUUUCCGAUUUUAAAAGGAUGUGACGGCUGGCAGGGCAUGCUCACUCCUCCAUGACACCCGAUCCCACCUGUUUUGGAGAUGUGUGUGACCAAGAAUUUCAACCAGGAAUAAACCUUUGGAUAGAACAUUGUACCCUUUAUUCGAAUUGGACGUCGACAGCACACAUUGGAAAUAAAACUUGUCCAUUUUAUCAAUACGGUGUCACAUUGGAAGAAAACGAUACCCUAGUUGCGCACACGUAUACGAAUAAUCUGAAAUAUUCUUACUGGGGAUUAAAAGUAUCAACUAAAUACAAUGUUAAAGUUACACCUUAUUUUCGAUGCACAAAUGGCAAGGACAUUGAAUCCAGUAAAAAUAAAAGAAUCAACUCAGUAGAAAUUUCAUCGCUAGACAUCUUGACUGGUGGAAGCCCUGCAAAAGCUUGUCUACACAAUGACGAUUACCAGUCAUCUAGCGUUGAAAGAUGGCAGCGCAAAAUGGGUUCUAAACAUGCAGUGAUAGAGAUUUUUCCUACAACACGGGAUGUUGUGACAAAGACGCAUGGUUCUCAAAUAAACAAAUCAACAAUUGUAAAGGAAAACGGAAAUUCUGUAGAUAUAUUCUUACACAAGAAUAAUCUCCUGGUUUUCGGUGUGGGCAGUGGGGGCCUUCUGUUCAUUCUUUUCCUUAACAUAUUAGCCAUCGUCUGUUGCGUGAAGAGAAAACGAGAGAAAAGGAAUGACUUAAUUUUUAAUGUUGAACAAGAGAAGCUAGAGGCCAACAGUAUCGAAUUAGUCGAUUCCUUGUAUGCAAGGCCUUUUUCCUACAAUUUAUACGAUCGUCCAGAUAACACUGAUGAUAGAAAGGAGAUGGAUCAAGAAAAGCGAAUAGAAAUUGAAAGAAAACAAAUUGCGAGUUUAUAUAGUUUUGGAGGAUUUUCAAUGGGUGAAUUUCAAGAUGAAGAGGUUGCAUAUGGUAACGACCGUGGAACAAAAUACGGAAAUAUCAUGUAGAUACAUGUAUAGAAUCAUAUAAACUUUCACAAGAUAAGAAAUGGUUUCUUAGACAAACAAAUGUUUACUUUUACCAAAAUAUGCAUG